UCCUCCAUCGAGGGUCCAGCUGUGCCUGGCUGUGCCUUCCUGAGCCGUGGCUCCCCCCCCCUUUCCCUCUUCUCCCCCAGGCCAUGUCCGUGAUUGGAGACCGCCGAUCCCGAGAGCAGAAGGCGAGGCAAGAGAGGGAAAAAGAACUGGCAAAGGUUACAAUCAAGAAGGAAGAUUUGGAGCUGAUUAUGAACGAGAUGGAGAUCUCGCGGGCAGCAGCAGAGCGCAGUCUGCGGGAGCAUAUGGGGAACGUGGUGGAGGCUCUGAUCACCCUCACCAACUAAGCACAUUCCUACGGGACUGCUUGGUGCUUUGGGGAGAGAACGAGGAAAACUCUUGCUGGGACUUCAAAGUCUUUGUGCUGCCAGCCCUGUCCUGAGCACAGCCUUCGUGAUAGUGGUGGGACAGCCAGAUUGGUCAAUGCUAUGUGUUAACUUAUUGAAAUAAAGAGCGCGCUAAUCUUCUG